AUGCACAUUCCCGCGCUCUCGUCGCCACCGGGGCGUCCAUGCGCCAGCAGGGCCAAGGAGUUUCUCUUUGCCGCCUGCGUCGCCUGGAAGCUUCCCUCGUCCCGCUCGACAUUUCCACUUCGCUUCCUCACUUUCUCCCAGCCUGACUAA